AUGACUCUGGGCACCUUUGCCCAAGAUGAUGUGACAGUGACGGCCCUGUCCCAGAGAGGUUCUGUGGUCCCUGGGCGCUACCACUUCCUGGGUGCUUGGAACCUCCCCAAAGUCCAGAAACUGAGGGGCGUUUGUCUGGCCCAGCACUGGCUGCGGGGACCAGUGCCCCACUGGGACUUGGGAAAGCUGGCCGUGGGCACCGCAGCUCUGAGCACUCUCUGCCUUGCCUCCCCUGAUGCUUCUGGGCGUGUUGUGGAGGAGUCGGGCCUGGGGGCAGUGCCCUGCAAGACCCCUGCGGAUUGGCAUGGAGCAGAGAAGCCCCCUGCCAUCACAGAGAACCCCUCAGGGAAACGUGUAGACAACAGCAAGUCCCAGCAACCCCUCCUCAUCUUCUUUCCCUCCUCCCUAGAGGCUCUGUCCUUUCACCCAUGGCUUCCAGAUUCACUUGCCCACACCCCUAGAGAAAACUGCAUUGUUUUCUGUUUUAAUUUAUUUUUGCUUCCCAUUCCCCGCUUAAAUUGGGCCGACGGUUUGGGGAAAUUGCUCCUUUACUCCCCCAAAUCACUUCGGAUUUUGGAAACCAGCAGAGAGAGGAAAGAGAUAGCAGGAACCCAAGAGAGAAGUCGAGGAAGAGAGAGAGCUGGGGUCAGAGAGAGCGCGCGGGCGAACAGCGAGAGGGACAGGGGCAAAGUGAGUGACCUGCUUUUGGGGGUGACCGCCGAAGCGCGGUGUGAACCCUCCCCCGCGGGAUCCCGCAUCGGACCAGUCGCGCUGACGGACAGACAGACAGACACCGCCCCCAGCCCCGGCGCCCACCUCCUCCUCGGCCGGCGGCCGACGGUGGACCGCCGCGGGCAGGAGCCGGAGCCCUCGCCUGGAGGCUGGGUGGAGGGGAUCGGGGCUCGCAGCGUUGCUCUGAAACUUUUCGUCCAACUUCUGGGCUGUUCUCGCUCCGGAGGAGCCGUGGUCCGCGCCGGGAAAGCCGAGCCGAGCGGAGCGGGGAGAAGUGUUAGUUCGGGCCGGGAGAAGCAGCAGCCGGAGGAGGGGGAGGAGGAAGAAGAGAAGGAAGAGGAGCGGGAGCCGCGGUGGCGACUCGGCUCUCGGAAGCCGGGCUCAUGGACGGGUGAGGCGGCCGUGUGCGCAGACAGUGCUCCAGCCGCGCGCGCGCCGGCCUCCGAAACCAUAAACUUUCUGCUCUCUUGGGUUCACUGGAGCCUUGCCUUGCUGCUCUACCUCCACCAUGCCAAGUGGUCCCAGGCCGUGCCCAUGGAAGGAGAGCCCAAAGCCCAUGAAGUGGUGAAGUUCAUGGACGUCUACAAGCGCAGCUUCUGCCAUCCGAUCGAGACCCUGGUGGACAUCUUCCAGGAGUACCCCGAUGAGAUCGAGUACAUCUUCAAGCCGUCCUGUGUGCCUCUGAUGCGGUGCGGGGGCUGCUGUAAUGACGAGGGCUUGGAGUGUGUGCCCACCGAGGAGUUCAACAUCACCAUGCAGAUUAUGCGGAUCAAACCUCUCCAAAGCCAGCACAUAACAGAGAAGAGCUUCCUACAGCACAGCAAAUGUGAAUGCAGACCAAAGAAAGAGAUAACAGCAAGGCAAGAAAAAAAAUCAGUUCGAGGAAAGGGAAAGGGGCAAAAACGAAAGCGCAAGAAAUCCCGGUAUAAAUCCUGGAGCGUUCCCUGUGGGCCUUGCUCAGAGCGGAGAAAGCAUUUGUUUGUACAAGAUCCGCAGACGUGUAAAUGUUCCUGCAAAAACACAGACUCGCGUUGCAAGGCGAGGCAGCUUGAGUUAAACGAACGUACUUGCAGAUGUGACAAGCCGCGGCGGUGAGCCAGGCUGGAGGAAGGAGCCUCCCUCAGGGUUUCGGGAACCAGACCUGUCACCAGGAAAGACUGAUCCAGAACGACCGAUUCGGAAACCAUGCUGCCGCCACCACACCACCAUCACCUUCGACAGAACAAUCCUUAAUCCAGAAACCCGAAAUGAAGGAAGAGGAGACCCUGCGCAGAGCACUUUGGGUCCGGAGGGCGAGACUCCGGCAGAAGCAUUCCCGGGCGGGUGACCAAGCACGGUCCCUCUUGGAAUUGGAUUCGCCAUUUUAUUUUUCUUGCUGCUAAAUCACCAAGCCCGGAAGAUUAGAGAGUUUUAUUUCUGGGAUUCCUGUAGACACAUCCACCCACAUACAUACGUUUAUAUAUAUAUAUAUAUUAUAUAUAUAAAAAAUAAAUAUAUAUAUUUUAUAGAUAUAUAAAAUAUAUAUAUUCUUUUUUUAAAUUAACAUUGAUAAUGUUAUUGGUGUCUUCACUGGAUGUAUUUGACUGCUGUGGACUUGAGUUGGGAGGAAAAGGUCCCCACCCAGAUCCCAACAGGGAAGAGAAUGGGAUGAGAGACUCUGGUGUGAUCUUUUUGUCCCUCUUAGGGAGGCCAGGGUCCUCUCCCCUGCCCAGGAAUGAGCAAGGCCAGGGCACGGGGGCAAAUUUGGCCUGCUUUUGGGAACACUGACAAACCCAGCCCUGGCCCCGAGCCUCUACCUGACUCAAGUGGACAGAGGCAACGAGUACAGGGACAAGGAUGCCGGCUCUGACCAGGAGUUUGGGGAGCUUCCAGACAUUGCUGUGCUUUGGGGAUCCCCUCCACGUGCUGCACGGGCACCUUGCCCCCAGGGGUACUGCUGGAAGAUUCAGGAGCCUGGGCAGCCUUCACCUACUCUCACCUGCUUCCAAGUUGUCCAGGAGGCCACUGACACGUGUCCCGGCAAAGACGAGAGAGACUGUGGUAGAAGCGGCAACCCGUGACAGCUCCUCCUGGCACCCACCCUCGUCCUCCUCCCUGCUCCCCUUCCUGGGGUGCAGCCCAGAGGCACCUGAUGUCCUCAGACCAUUGAAACCACUAGUUCUGUCCCCCCAGGAGAUCUGGCUGUGUGUGUGUGAGUGGUUAACCCUCUUCCGUCCCCCGACUUUCCUUCCCAAGGCAUCGAGGGACAGGGCAGGAUCCACGUGCCCACCGUGGAGGCAGAGAAAAGAGAAAGUGUUUUAUAUACGGUACUUAUUUAAUAUCCCUUUUUAAUUAGAAAUUAAAACAGUUAAUUUAAUUAAA